AUGGCCAAAGACCUGGGUCCUCUGAGCCUCAUGCCUCUGUUACUGAGGCAUCAAAACCUGGGAGCUUCCUCUCUCAUUCUCCCCAUCUGUCCUCUAAAAUCUCUGAUCUUCUUCUACUUCCUGUCCAGUGCCGCGGGGGUUUCCAUGGACUAUGGCAUCAGCCCUAAGUUUGUGUGCACCCCAAUCUCUCCAGAGGCUGACCCGAGCUGCUACUCUCCUCCCGCUGUGCCCCCUGGUGGUAGCUCGGGGAGUCGCUCCAGUAGUGGUUGGAGCGGCUUCAUGUCGGAGGAGGCCAAAUCCACCAUUCUGCAUUUGCGCGAGAGUCUGGUGCGUCAGAAAGAGACCAUUCUGGACCAAAGAGAAACCAUUCGGGAGCUAACGGCUAAACUAACACGCUGUGAAGGGGGUUACCAUGAUAAUUACCAUUACAGUCACCAUACCAACCACCAUGACAAUCACCAUGAUGACCAUCACAGUAGUCACCAUGACAACCAUCAUGGAAGUCACCAUGAUGACCAUCACGACAACCAUCAUGAUAGUCACCAUGACAACGAUCAUGACAGCCAUCACAGUCCCUCAGGUUACCAUAGUGGUGACCAUCACUAUUACCAUGGCAACCAUCGGACCAGCUCAAAGUUCAGUAACUUUUCCCCAGAACAAACAAGCAAAACUCUGCAGACGCUGAAGGAGCGGCUUGAGAGUCUGCAGGCUCGUAACUCGAGCAGCUCGUACUCCAGUUCUCUGAGGGACCUGCUGCAGAGGAAGAUCCACGCUCUAGAGGAACAGCUGCACGAGUACUACCAUGAUCACCAUGACGACCAUCACGACAGUCACCAUGACAACCAUCAAACUGGUUACCACGACAAUCAUAACAGUCACCAUGAUGACCAUCACUAUGAUAGCCAUCAUAACGGCCAUGAUGACCACCAUGACGACCACCAUGAUGAUCACCAUGACAAUCGCCAUGACAACCACCACUACGGUCACCAUGACGAUCACCAUGACAACCACCACUAUGAUCACCAUGACGAUCACCAUGACAACCACCACUAUGAUCACCAUAACAGUCACCAUGGCAACCGCUAUAGCAAUCAUCACUACAGUCACCAUGGGAAUCAUCAUUAUGAUCACCACAAUGACCACCGAAAUGACCAUCAUUAUAGAGACCACCAUUACGAAUAUCACAAGGACCACCACAGCGAUCACCAUGAUGAUGGCAAUGACGAUCACCAUGAUGAUCACCAUGAUGUUGACAAAGACCACAUCGAUAAAGACCAAACUAAAAACCCUCACUCUGGUCAUAGAAAACUGGAGGCUGUACUGGGCCAGCUUCACCAUGAAGACACUGACCACGGAAAACCUCUCCCAAAGCUGCAUAGUCCCAGUGCUUUCUUGCUGGAUUUCCCUCUCAAAUCUAACUACAUGUAUGGACGAAUGAAGCGUUCUGUGGCCGAGGAACUCUUUUCUCUGACUGUGUGUCUGUGGAUCAAGCCAGGGGCAGGUCCUGGCCUUGGGACCCCCUUCUCCUAUGCCGUCCCGGGACAAACCAACGAACUUGUGCUGAUCGAGUGGGGCAGCAACCCAAUGCAGCUGCUAAUCGACGACAAGGCGGUGACUCUGCCCCUGUCUCUGUCUGACCGUAAAUGGCAUCACGUGUGUGUGACCUGGGCCACACGUGACGGAGUCUGGGAGGUGUUCCAGGAUGGGCAGAAGAGGGGCUCGGGCCGGGACCUGUCGCCCUGGCAGGCUGUGAGAGCAGGAGGGGUCUUCAUCCUGGGACAGGAACAGGACGAUGUUGGGGGCCGUUUCGACGUCACUCAGUCUUUUAUGGGACAAAUGUCAGACCUGCAGCUCUGGUCCAGAGUCCUGACCCCUGCAGAGAUCCAGAGCCAGGCGACCUGCAAUGGGCACCUGGAAGGGGACGUCCUGUCCUGGACCCAGGGGGAGGUGGAGCUUCACGGAGGACUGGCCGAGCUCCAACAUGAACUCUGUCACUGA